CAAUGUCAUUUGUCAAAUAUUAUAGUUGACAGUUUGACACUGAUAGUUUACCAGUCAACGAAUACAUUUACCUCGUUUCUUUUUCAAUCGAAAAGUCAAGCGAGAAGCAUGGCGCCCACUAAACCGGCUGUAGCCGCUGGCAAAGUCGCCCCAAAAAAGCAGCAGAUCAGAGGAAAGGGUCUUAAGAAAAAGAAGGUCUCUUUGAAGUUCGUUAUUGAUUGCACGCACCCAGUAGAAGACAGUAUUUUGGAUGUCCAAAACUUCGAAAACUAUCUUAAGACCAGGAUAAAGAUCAAUGGAAAAACCAACAACUUUGUAGCUGGUAAAGGCAGCCAACACCAGGUCACCUUAAGCAAAGAAAAGAACACCAAAAUUGUCGUCAAUUCUGAAAUUCCUUUCUCCAAAAGGUACCUUAAAUACCUUACCAAAAAGUACCUGAAGAAGAACAACCUUAGGGAUUGGUUGAGAGUUGUUGCUUCAGGGAAGGACUCUUAUGAACUUAGAUACUUCCAGAUCAAUAACCAGGAAGAUGAUGAGGAUGAAGAUGUAGAGUAACUUUAGGGAGUUUUAACUGAAUUGUCGUUAAUAUAAGGUUUUUAAAGAAUAAA